AUGGACACAGAAGACGAUUCAGCAAACUCUGGUGCCAAGCGCUGGAAGCAAAAUGGGCAAACUAUGGAUGGUCAAGAGUCCCGUCCACACAGACAGAAAGAGGAGUUCGGUCCCUCUCGUGUAAUACAUGUGCGUAACAUACCACAAGAAGCAACGCCCGCGGAUAUAGGAUCAGUAUUCAAUCAGUAUGGUUCAGUAUUUACAAUGGUGCAGUUACAAGCACGCAAACAGGCUUUCAUCGAGUUUGUCAACCUAGAAAGCGCUGCGAGUUGCGUCAAGGCGGAGACGGGUAGCAUCACUGUGCUGGGCACUAGAGUAUAUCCAUCAUUUUCAAAGGUAUGUUUGGUAGCAUGA